GCACCGUCUCUGGAGGAUUUCAGCCACUUACCACCUGAGCAGAGGAGGAAGAAACUGCAGCAGAAGAUCGAUGAACUCAACAAGGAGCUCCAGAAAGAAACGGAUCAGAGGGACGCUUUGAAUAAGAUGAAGGAUGUGUACGAGAAGAAUUCUCAGAUGGGCGACCCCAACAGCCUGCAGCCGAAGAUUUCUGAAACCAUGUCUAACAUCCAGAGGCUGCGCUCCGAAAUCCACCGAAAUGAGAGCUGGCUGUCUGAAGUGGAGGGAAAGCAGAGCUCCAGAGGAGACAGGAGACACAGCACAGACAACCAUCAACAAACUCCUCACGGCAGAGAGAGUCCUGAGGGCAGUUACACAGACGACACCAGCCAGGAGCAUCACACGCCUCUCCACCAUCCCAGCCCUGCUCAUUCGGGACAUCCAAACCACGACCCUCAAGAGUUUGACGACGAAUUUGAUGACGACGACCCACUGCCUGUUAUCGGACACUGCAAAGCGAUGUACUCGUUUGAUGGGAAGGAUGAGGGGACACUGAUGAUGGCGGAGAAUGAGGUUCUGUACAUCAUCGAGGAGGAUAAAGGGGAUGGCUGGACGCGGGCCAGGAAGCAGAGCGGGGAGGAAGGCUACAUUCCCACCUCCUACAUAGAAAUCACGAUAGAGAGACACAGUAAAG